AUGAUCAUUUCUGAAUUUCUGUCAGUUUGUAAUCUUUUCUUUUCAUCAUCAUCAUCAUCAUCAUCAUCAUCAUCAUCAUCAUCAUCAUCAUCAUCAUCAUCAUCAUCAUCAUCAUCAUCAUCAUCAUCAUCAUCAUCAUCAUCAUCAUCAUCAUCAUCAUCAUCAUCAUCAUCAUCAUCAUCAUCAUCAUCAUCAUCAUCAUCAUCAUCAUCAUCAUCAUCAUCAUCAUCAUCAUCAUCAUCAUCAUCAUCAUCAUCAUCAUCAUCAUCAUCAUCAUCAUCAUCAUCAUCAUCAUCAUCAUCAUCAUCAUCAUCAUCAUCAUCAUCAUCAUCAUCAUCAUCAUCAUCAUCAUCAGGUGUUCUUGGGAGUUAA